AUGUUGAGCAAGGUCGCUGCUGCUGGUGUUGUCCUUAUCGGUCUCUUGCUAGCCACCUCUAGUGGAAAAGAAAAGCCUUUGGCGUCUUUGAGAGCCAAUCCUUCCUCGUAUUAUCCUACAUCGCUUUAUCCAAACUCCACCAGCGUCGAAACUCCUCAUGGCUUCGUCCAAUAUGCCUUGUUUGGGCCCGAGGAUGGCGAGAAGAUUGUGUUCGUUCAUGGAUACAGCUGUCCCAGUCCUAUAUUCGAAAAGAUUUCCAAAAGCUUGGCCGAAGAUGGAUAUCGCGUCUUGACAUAUGACUUGUGGGGUCGAGGUUACAGUGAUGCACCAGCCUCCGUCUACAAUGAAGGCCUCUACAUGGCUCAACUUGAAUUCCUCAUUCAACAAGUAGGAUGGAGCGACACCACAUUCAACGUGGUUGGUCUUUCGCUUGGUGGCGCCAUUUCUACUUCUUACACUAGUUUCCGCCCUAACUUGGUGAAGAGACUUAUCCUGGUUGGACCCGCCGGUUUGAUGUCGCAAAAGGAUGUCCCAGUCUACACAAAGAUCUUUGACUAUCCCUUGUUGGUCAAGCUGUGGUUAAGCCCUAUCUUCCAGCCAUUGGCCAUUAAGGCUCUCUCAUCCUGGUCCGCUGCACAUAAAGGAACCAUCUCUGCUGAGUCUAAGGACGCCGAGGACUUUGCUGUCAAGAUUGCCCUGAUGGCGACCGAUCAGAUCACUAAACAUAGUGGCUAUUUCCGUGCAUUGAUCAAUACUGCAAAGGACUAUCCUCUCAUUGGAUUGGAUGAUCGUUACAAGAAGGUCGGUCAAUCCCAGAUUCCCGUCUAUGCCCUCUGGGGAGAUGCGGACGUCACGGUUCCAUUUAGACAUUCUCAGACUUUGCUUCAGUACAUUCCACACGCCAAGCUGUUUGUCUAUGAAGGUGGUGGUCAUAACAUUAUGAUGACAAAUCCAGAAAAGGCUCACCAAGAUCUAUUAUCUAUUCUGGAGAACCGAGCAUAA